AAAAACUUCAAUUUUUUUUCUUUAAUAAAAUUGACCUUUCAUACACAAAAAAACAUAACAAACACAAAAGAACACAAUUUGACCAUUACAACACGUUGAAAUUAAUGAGGAAAACAUGGGAGAGAAGCAGAAAGGAUGCAUAAGGCAAUCAAAAAAUUAAAUCAUCAUAAGACUUCCGUUAAACAACAACAAAAACAACCACAAAGAAGAGGAGAUAAGUUGGGAGAUGAAAUUGGGUUUGAUCCGAUCAGACAAACGAUUAAAAAGCUUGGAGGUAGAGAGAAAGCCAUAAAUUAAGGAAUCAACACUAUGGAGAUUCAAAGCGAGUGUUCGAUUCUCAACAACAAGACAGAAACAAGAAAGAUGUAAGGGAGAAAAUCAUAGAGUGUAUGAUUUUAACACGGUUUAACUAAUGAGAUGAUCCCCCUCGAUGACUCGAGGAAUGUGAGUCUUUCCUAAACCCAGCAAAGGUAGUACUGAGAUUUGAAAGGAAAUUAUGAGAUUUGGAAACUUUAACCACAGAUGAAAGUUUAAUCAAAGGAAUAAUCGAAUGUGAAUUAUUAGCAGG